AUGAAAAAUCUAGUAAUCGCCCAAUUACUAGAUUUCCACUGUUGCAACCCGGUAGAAGGAAGCAAUGAUGAUAUCGUCGAUGAUUUUAUUGGUAAAUUGUUUGAUCCAACUAGAGAAUCAUUUAAGUUAGAAGAUUUUGUGCGUCACCGUCCAUCGAGUCCGACCGUAAAAAUACCAGUAACAAUGACCGAUCAAUCACCGUUCGAUUUAAAUGAAUACUUAACAUUGAUGAAAAACGUUCAAAUUCAUUUUGUCGUAUUACCAAAUUCAUUGGCACUUCGUGGAUAUUGUGGACGUGAAUCAAUUUAUAUCAAUUAUACUUAUUUUUUCUCGAAAUAUAUGAUAAUCAAUUCUCAACAAAAUCGAGACAUUUUAUGUUUAGACCUAAUAACUACCGCUUUACAUGAGUACGUCCAUGAAUUAAUUCGACUGAAAAGAAAUAAUCUAAAUUUCUCUACACCAUUUGAUUCGCACUCGAAAGAGCAGGAAGCUGGUCGUGCAGUUGAGCUAAAACUGUUCAAAUGCUGUCCGAACUGGUCAUACAUUGUUAUGUCUAAAACGUUAGAUAUGCACGGUAUUCGAAAUAUUUUGAAUUGUUUAUUAACCAAUGAGCCAAUCAUAAUGCCAGAGAUACCGGUUGAAUAUCAUUGA